AUCUGACUGGCUGCAGCUUCUAAUGCACACUGUGAGAUGCUCCCAGUGUGCAGUGACAUCAGAGAAGACAUUUCAGUCCAGGGGAGGAGCUGGUACACCUGUGCAAGACUGAAGGGGAGGGGCAGAUACAUCUGUGCAAUACUGAAGGGGAGGAGCCAGGGAGGAGCCAGUACACCUGUGCAAGACCGAAGGGGAGGAGCAGAUACAUCUGCAGUACUGAAGGGGAGGAGCCGGUACACCUGUGCAAAACUGAAGGGGAGGAGA